AUGUCCAACGACACCACACGCGACGAUAAUAACCUCGCCGAAGCCGACCUCUUCAGGUCGAUACCGUGGUGCCAGAAGAUCCUCCGGGACCCGGACUACGAGCUCGAACCCACCUCGUCUCGGAUCCACAAGGGCUCUACGCGCGAGGACGCCCUGCUGGCGGAGACCCUCAGGACCUCGGACACGAUACGGGGAUGGACUUCGCUCUACCGCCGACCGACCAAGUCACGGCCGCUGAAGGAUGAGGUGCGCACCCUCCUCAGCCUCGAGCCCGGGCUGAACGGGUACCCGCGCGUGUGCCACGGCGGGAUCGUAGCCACCAUCCUGGACGAGGUCUUGAGCAUCCUCGUGGCCGUGUGCGCGCGGUCCGAGGGCCGGCACGGUGACAACGUCACGGCGUACCUGAACGUGACGUACGUUAAGCCCGUGCCGACGCCGAGCGUGGUGCUCGUCAAGGGCAAAGUCGACAGGGUCGAGCGGAGGAAGCACUUUGCCACCGGCGAGGUCGUGAAUGAGCAAGGCGUGGUGCUCGCAAAGGUAGACGGGUUGUUUGUGAGUAUAGAAAGGGAGAAGUUAUAG